AUGAGAAAAACCUGUAACGCUCUCGUUGAGAGCAUGGGUGACAGAAUCUUUGACAUGACAUCUCGAGGUAAAGUCAUCUCACCCGAAGAGCUACUCACACAAGAAGAUCUUGUAAAGCUAAAGAGAAGAAUAUUCGCUUUAAAACAACGUCCAUCAUUACCACCAAUAGUAACACAUAACAUGAUAGAUGAUUUUAACGAUCCAAUUUUAAAUCAUCUUCGUAGAAUUAAAUUAUUCAAUGCACCAGAGGAUAGAGUUAAGAUUAUUUAUCAUCCAGAAUUCCUUAGUUCUACUAAUCCUUUGAUUCCGUUGGACUACACAGAGUUUGUUAGAGGUUGUCAUCUGGGUGUGUUUGCCUCUUACUAUGAGCCAUGGGGAUACACACCGGCAGAGUGUACCGUCCUCGGUGUACCAUCGGUAACAAGUAACCUGACUGGUUUCGCCAACUUUAUGAGAAGAGGUCUGGCCGAUCCCGACUCCAAGGGUAUCUAUAUCGUCGACAGAAGAUUCAAGUCACCACAGGAAUCGGUCGAUCAAAUGACCCAAUAUCUCUGGAAGUUCUGUCAACUCGAUCGUAGACAGAGAAUCGAACUGAGAAACAGAACAGAGAAACUAUCGGAGCUUCUCGAUUGGAAGAGUCUCGGUAAGUUCUACACUACCGCCCGUUCACUAGCAUUGGAUCGCGCAUUCCCUGCUGUAAGCAUAUCCUCAAGACCAUCGUCACCAACUGGCAACCUUUCUUCCGGAAGAAUUGCAACUUCACCUUCCAAAGAUAAUAGUAGUAAUAUUAGCAGCAUCCUAACAUCAACAUCACCACGUGAAACAGUUCCAGUUAUCAAUAUUCCAAAUCCUCUACCAAAGGAUAAUAACAAUAGUAAUAACUUUGAAUCAACAACAUCAUCAUUAUUACCAAUGCAACAUCAACAACAACAAACAACCAAAUCGGCUGUAUCACCACCACAUACUCCAACUUCCACUACUUCCACUUCUACAACUGGCAGUGCUGCUGCCGCUGCUGUGACAUCAAUGUCCACUAGCAUUCCAAUGCCAACUCCACCUAUUCCAACUGUCACCAGUUUUGUCACCACCCCAACACCAACCAGAGCAACCACUUCCAUUCCAAUUCCAACACCAAACAAACUGCCAAUUCCUUCGAAUCCAACACCAAACUCAACACCGACCUCGUCGAUGCCAAUACCUUCAUCGAUUCCAAAACAAACCAGUUUGCUCACAGAGAGUCUAAAGCAAUCACCACAAUCACCAAACACCUCUGUCAACUCUAAACCACCAACCUAUCCAGUUCCAACAACAACUACAACUUCACCAACCUCCACCGCUAGCGCAACAACACCUAUAAACACAGUGACAACUCCACCAAAAGAUACUACUACUGUUUCAUCACCCUCAAAACCAAUUGUAAUCAACAACAACAACAACAACAACAACAACAACAAUAACAAUAACAACAAAUCAAACAAAAAACAAGAAAUAAAUUUAUUUAUACAUUUUUACAUUAAUAGCAGUCAGUACAACAGUCAUAGCAAAAAAGAGUUAAAAGUAAUUACCUACAAACAACAACAACAACAGCAGCAACAGCAACAACAACAACAAGAAAGAAAGAAACAAACAAUAUCAACACAACACCAUUCAAGUUGUAAACAAUUAUAA